ACAGAAGAAGGUGUACCGAAGGUUUUGAGAGAAGUACAGCUAAAUUUACCAGCUCUCUCCAAAUUUAGCACCAGUACAGCUACAAGUUGAGCCUAUAAUUGAAAACUUAAAGCAAGAGAGCCAGCCUCUCUCUAACAAACAUCUUCGAGGAAAAGGUCUUAAUCAGUCUGAGAUGAGAGCACACCUGCAAAAUAUGGCUCCUCAACUCUCCUCCUCUUUCAUUUCUAUUGCAUUGUUGUUUGCUGUUGCUUUCGCAAAUUUUGGACAGCAAGCUCACGGUUCUGUAUUUGAAUUCAGUUAUGCUGGUUUACAUGGCCCUGCCAACUGGGGAAGCUUGAACCCCAAAUUCUCAACAUGCUCAUCUGGGAAACUUCAGUCUCCUAUCAACAUCAUCAAGAACGAGGCAGUGGAAAACAAAAGUUUGACACCCUUGACCAGGGUUUACAAGCGUGGAAAUGCUAUUCUUGUUAACAAUGGCUUUAAUAUUGGGUUGCACUAUGAGGAGAACUGUGGAGUCUUGAUUGUAGAUGGUAAAAACUACACAUUUAAGCAAAUGCACUGGCAUUCUCCCUCCGAACAUCAGAUUGACGGAGUCCAAUACGCUGCCGAGCUUCAUCUAGUCCACCUGUCAGAUUCCGGCGCCAUCGCUGUUGUGUCAAUGCUCUACGAACUUGGUGAUGCUGAUCCGUUUAUCAGUAAGAUUACAAACAAGCUGGGUGAUCUAGCAAAGGACGCGUGUGCAGGCAAUGAAGAAGCCCAAAUUCCUAUUGGGCCAUUGGACAAUAAGCUAUUAAGAAAAAAUACCCGCAAGUAUUACAGAUACAUCGGCUCUAUCACCAGUCCACCAUGCACGGAAAAUGUGAUCUGGAACGUUCUUGGCAAGGUGAGAACAAUAUCCAAGGAGCAGGUAGAAGCCCUGAAAGCUCCAUUGGGUGCUGAUUACAAGCAGAACUCAAGGCCUUUGCAGUCACUGAAUGGAAGAAAGGUUGAACUAUAUAAUGAAUUCUCCGAUUAAUAUUAUUCCCACAGGAAACAAAAUGUUCCUUUCCUGUCUUAUGAACUUAUUUAUGUAGUAUUAUGGACAAAUUUACCAGCGUAGAUCAUGGAAAUGAUCUUUUCGUGUCUGCA